AUCUAGUAAACCUUUGGAAAAAAUUUGUUAUUAUGAAAUCUGUGAAGAUGUUAAUGACCUUGUAAUGCAAGGAGCUCUUCUAAUUCUUUUCCCACCUGCACAACCUCCAAGAUGGACUAAAACUCUCAAGGCCGACUUACUGAAUUAA